ACCAUUUAAUACAAAAAGGCUAUUCAGAUUUCAGAUUUAAAGUUAGCAGAUUCGGUUCGGUUCUGUUAUUUGAAUAGGACGAAGUCAUGAGGGUUGUCUAACUAAAAGGAUGGAUGCUUUCCUGGAGAACGUUCUGACAGAAACUGAUUCGUAAUCAUAUUACACAUUGGAAAACCAUAACAAUCAACCAUGCAGCCAGCUCGUCCGCCUGGGAUCGAAUCCAAACCAGGUCGACUCACCAAUAUUCAUAGAUCUUAACAACUCUACCACUCUUGGGGCUUAAAUUUAGUAGAGCUAGUUUGCGGGGAUCUGCUCCGCUUCUAAUUCAAAAGUAGUUUUCUUUUCGAGAAAUUUUGUAUUUGAAAUAUAUUUUUAAAAUCAAUAUUUAAUGCAAUGAAAUUUGUACCCCUCAUUUCUGGAUAUCCAAUGUAAUUUUCUUUUAAACAUCCAACUAGGUUUUUCUUAAUAUGAUAGUUGUAUAGUCUUAGUAUCAUAGCUGCAUGUUUCAAUCUUUGCAGGUGAUUUGUUAGGUAUUUGCACCAAUGAUCAUCUGUCGAUAGCCAGAGAAGAAAGAGAAGGCAGCAGCUGGUGGAAUAGCAAUGUUCUCGAAAUUCAAGCCAGGCCAACCCUCGGAUACUAAUCCAAUCACCCAGUACUACGAAAUCGGGAGACAGAUCGGGAGUGCCGGUCCAGAGUUAGUGUGGAAGAUAUACGAAGCUGUUCGAAAAUCUGAUAAGAGGGAGGCCGCUGUGUUUUGCUUCGAAAAGCGAUGCGCCGAGAAACUUCACAAGCCAAAACGGCGGGAGACAAUUACGGAGAUACUGAGGUUCAGUGUCCGGCAAUUGGACAGGUUCAAACACCCCAAAAUGCUCACUUUAUAUCAUCCCAUAGAAGAAUCCAGCUCUUAACAUGUGAUGGGAUCCACUGGAGGUGAACGUCGUGGGUCUGAGAAAUCUUCCUCAACUUGAGCUGAAUAGAUAUGCUGGUUCAUGGUUUGCCGGACGACCAAAAUGUUGUGGUGCACUGCG